AAAAAGCAGCAACGACCAAGCGCGCGCGCGAGCUUCGCUGAACGCGAGAAGCGGCGGCACCGAAAACCCAGGCUCUCAAAAAAAAAAAAAACAAACAAGACGCGUCCAGGUCAAACAUGCAUGCCUUUCCUGUGUGACUGCGUGCGAACACCGCGCAGCCGCCGGCCUUGUGCCGCCCCAGCCCUCGCCGCCAUGCUGGCCAUGCUGAGUCACGUACCGCCUCCCGUCGAGAUCCUGCAGUCGGACCUGCCCUGGUACCAGCGCUUCUGCGCCUGCCGACGCCAGCGAGAGAGCGGUUCGCUGCUCAACGAGGCGCUGGCCAAGCCCGCCGCGGCCGGAGCAGCGGGCAGCAGCACGCUGGACCGCCUCAAGACCAUCAGGUACAUCGAACGCUACCCCUGCGUCGUCGGAGACGAGCGCAACCUGAGGGUCUGCCUGGAGAACCUGAGCAACGCGCUGGGCGCCAGCAGCCCCGAGGUGGUGGUGGCGUCGGCCGACGCCCUCGCCUCGGUCCUCGAGAAGCACGGCUCCAAGAUGACCACGGCCAUGGUGGAGAGCGUGUUGAGGACGUCGUUCGACCAGCUUCUCUCGGCGCGGAUCAAGGUUCGGAACAGGUUCGUCGACGUGAUCGUGCUUCUGCUGAAGCAGCAUCCGGGCCACGCCUCCAGCAACCUCCUCUACCUGGCGCAGCAUUGCGACGAGUUGCAGACGGUGUGCGCCAUGGAAGCCUUCUGCCGCGUCAUUCAGACGCGCCACCUUAAGCUCCUCCCGCUCAAGUGCAUCUUUCACUACUUCUCCAUUCACAUCGACAGCAGCGACCCAAGCGUGCGUUCGUACGCGACGAAAGGCGUGACGCUGAUGGAUUUUUACUUUUGAGCGAGGCCGCUGUAAGGAUUUGCAUUAAAACGCAUCGUUGUGCCGGC